AUGAGGUCGCAGCGGUAUGGAUCUAGGCUCGUGGACGUGUCACGCCUAGCUCGGCCUCUUCAGCUCUACCCCUCGGGACGAGUUGUCAAGAACCGUCUCAUGAAAGCUCCGAUGGGUGAAGGCCUAGCAAGCUGGAGUCCUAAGAAUCUUUCCGAGCGAGGCAUCCCCACCAGCGAAUCAGUGGAGCUCUACAGGCGCUGGGGAGAAGGCCAGGAGAACUGGGGCAUGAUAAUCACUGGGAACGUGGAGACAGACUUCCAAUCCAUCGCUGCUGCUGGCGACAUGAUAGUAACACCAGAGUGCCAAACAGCCGGCAAGCGCUUUGAGAUGUUCCAGAAGCUCGCUGCCGCUGGGAAGGCCGAAGGAAGUCUUAUUAUCGCUCAAAUCUCAAACCCGGGACGCCAGCUGCAAUAUCGUUUCAAUCCCGUUGCAGUAUCCUCCACUGAGGUACAGAUAGUCCGAGACAACGGCACCAAGUAUGCCGUGCCCCAUCUAGCCAGCAAGGAGGAGAUCGCGAAACUGAUCGAGGGCUUUGCAUACGCUGCCGAAUACUUGGAAAAGGCUGGCUUCGACGGCAUCGAGCUCCAUGCGGCCCACGGCUACUUGUUAUCGCAAUUUAUAUCGCGCACGACCAAUCACCGCACCGACGAGUAUGGACCGCAGACCAGUGAGUCGCGGCUACGAUUCAUUAGCGACGUCGGGCGAGCCAUCAGGGCGCGCGUGUCGCCAACCUUUGUCGUUGGCGCUAAGAUCAAUAGUGUUGAGUUCCAGCAGGAUGGCGUCUCGCCUCAAGAAGUGCGAGAGCUGUGCCGUAGCCUUGAGAACGUCGGCUUUGACUUUGUGGACUUCAGUGGAGGGUCAGCAGGCAUGCAGUGGAAGGACGAGUACGCACGACGCCGUGAGGCUUUCUUUCUCGAUGAGGUGGAGAUUAUCACCAAGACAUUAGGCUCGGAAUCAAAGUUGAAAGUUUACGUGACAGGAGGCUUUCGCUCUUCCGAGGCAAUGCUGAAGGGCCUUGAUGUUGUGGACGGUGUCGGUAUUGGUCGACCUGCCACUACUGAGCCCCUCCUAGCAAGGGAUAUACUGAAUAAUCGGGUCCCUGGGGCUAUAAAACCCGUCGAGAAGUUGGAGAAUGAUGCUUUCUUGGGGCUGCUCGUGUCACAAGCACAGGUGUUCCAAAUUGGGAGUGGGAUGGAACCAUUCGAUACAAGUAACACGAAGGCUAUGGAGAUCUUCCAGACCGAUAUAGAUGUAUGGAAACGGAAAGCAGAGGAAGACGGUGACAAGCUGGAAUUUGUCUAUCCGCCUCGGUUUUCCGGGCCACAAGUAGCAUACUGA